AUGCGCGCAACCAUCUCAAUUGCGUCGUCUUUCCCACUCCUCGCCAGCCUAGCCCAAGCCACCUGGCUGACCAUGGUUGACAACGGAGGCUGCAUGAACGUCGCACCCGAGAAUCUAGACGGAUGGAAAGGCGACCUCGACCCCUACGACCAAUGGGAAUACAAGAAUGGCUCCCGCGUACCCUACACAUCCGUAUGCUCCGUUGUGGGCAUUGACUACGACAACCCAAAUCAACCCAUCACAUUGACACUGAACAACCCAAUCAAUCUCGGCGACCGCGGCCAAGCCACCCUUUCCACAAUCUGGAAAAAGGUAUACCCAGCACCGUCCUGGGCGUGCAGACCCUACUUCAACUGCCCUUAUUCGGCACCCGGGUGCACGGCGAAUUUCACGUGGGAUCCUAAACUCCCGGUGGUGUAUUUGAAAAAUUUUACGAGCCCAACUGGUGUCGAGAACCCGAAUAUCGUGUGUCUCUGGUACGAAAAUCGUACGUCUCUUCUCUCUGCCUUCUUGCAAGCUACCCCUCAACAAACAGCAACAUCCCCAAUGCCUUCCCAUCGCAUCAACACUCCAUCAUCUGACAUCUGUUUGUUUGCAACAGAGACCACCAUCAUCACGACGGACGGACAAUACCAAUGCUGCGAUUAUGAGUCAGCGGCGCCCGUGCUACCCUUGCAGGUCAAUCCAUACUACAAUGGUUGGGGCAAUCAGUACACUGGGCCUUGGCCCUCUGUCCCCUGGUGGUGGAUUAACCCUUUCGCUGCCUCCACUUAG